AGCACAUGGUACCAGAGUGAGGUAGAAGAGAGGACAGAGAAAAGAGGACUGUGGUGAAGGAAUAAAGGAGUCAUCAUGGAAGUGGAGCAUCUAAAAGCCCCCAAAUAGUUGAAACUCCCAGGUCCCCUGCUCCAGCCAGUCAGAAGAGCAACGUUCAGCUGUGAGAUGUGACUUCCCCAGAUCAUCCUCAAUUGUUUGGAGGAGGCCGGUUCUGAGAUCAACAGCACAGAGGUUGAGUGAGCUUUCAAAUUCAGGUGUUUAAAAUUAUGCACCAGAAUCCAGAGGAACCUAAAUACAGUGACUGGAUUUAUUUCAGAUGAGGCAUGUUUUGAGGCUAGUAAAUGGAACAGCAGAACCUCAGCUCCACAGUGACAGAAUUUGUCCUCUUGGGCCUCACCCAGAAUGCUGAGCUGCAGCGAUGCCUCUUUGUCGUUUUCUUCAUAGUCUACCUGACAACCUGGUUGGGAAACUUCACCAUCAUCACCACUGUGAUCACCAGCCACCGGCUCCACACCCCCAUGUACUUCCUGCUGGCCAACUUGGCUUUCCUAGAUGUCAGUGACUCAUCAGUUAAUGCUCCAAAAUUGCUUUUGGGUCUCCUCUCCCAGCGCAGAACUAUCGCGUUCAAUGAGUGCAUCCUCCAGAUGUUCUUCUUCCACUUCAUCGCCGGGGCUAUGGUUGUUGUCCUUGUGGUGAUGGCUGCUGAUCGGUACGUAGCCAUCUAUAAACCACUGCGGUACUUAACUAUCAUGAACCAUGGUGUGUGCAUGGGGCUGGUAGCAGGGGCAUGGCUGGGUGGAUUGGCUCACUCUGCUGUUCAAAUUGGAUUGAUCCUCCAGCUGCCUUUCUGUGGUCCAAAUAUCGUGGACAAUUUCUACUGUGAUAUCCCACAAGUCAUCAAACUGGCCUGCACAGACAUCUACUUGGUCGAGUUGCUGAUGGUUUCCAAUGGUGGGAUGCUUGUCAUAGUAAUGUUCGUCAUCCUGCUCAUUUCGUACACCAUCAUCUUUGUCAAGAUAAAGACACAUGUUACAGAUGGGAAGCACAAAGCGCUGUCUACCUGUGGAUCCCAGAUCACAGUUGUGUGUUUACAAUUCAUACCCUGCAUUUUCAUCUAUGCUAGGCCCUUCCGGAAAUUGCCCAUGGACAAGUUGGCAUCAAUCAUUUACACUGUAAUCACCCCGAUGCUGAACCCAAUGAUCUACACGCUGAGGAACGCUGAGAUGAAAAAGGCCAUCAGGAGUCUGAUGAGCAGAAUCCUGUCCUCAGGGAAGAAACUAUAA